GCCAAUAGCACUGUGUGGAAAAGAGUAUAAAGGCAGUAUGUGUUUUGAAGUUUCUUCCUGAGCAGUUCAUGAUGGAUCGAACUGCAAUCAGACUGAUUUUCUUGGGCGUCUUUGUCAUCAUUGCCACUUCAGCUUCUGUUAAGAAGAAACAAAACGUGGAUAUUUACAGCUUCCACAUUAACACUACUGUGACCAGCCGCUAUGCCACCACAGUCAUCACAAGCCGUGUGGUGAACACACUGAACGAAUCACAAGAGGUCCAUUUUGAGGUCAAGAUACCCAAGAAUGCCUUUAUCAGCAAAUUCAGAAUGACCAUAGAGGGCAAGACAUAUGACGGGGUUGUUAAGGAAAAAGAUGCAGCUAAGCAGCAGUACACUCAAGCAGUAUCACGAGGACAAAGUGCUGGACUGAUCAAAUCUGUUGGAAGGACUUUAGAAGACUUUAAAACAUCAGUUACAGUGGCUGCUCUCAGUAAAGUGACCUUUGAGUUGACCUAUGAGGAACUGCUAAAGCGUCGUCUUGGCAAAUACGAGCUACUCGUUAAUGCCCACCCGAUGCAGCCAGUGGCAGACUUCAAGAUUGAUGUACACAUCCAUGAGAAACCAGGAAUUUCUUUCUUUGAGGUGAAAGGAGAUCUGAGUACCAAUGACCUGGCCAAUGCCAUCAAAACAACCAGAGCAGAUGAAGAUGUAUGGGUGUCCUUCUACCCCACUCGAGAUCAGCAGACAAAAUGUUGUGGUGAAAAUGGGCUGAAUGGAGACCUGCUCAUAACAUACGAUGUUGAAAGACGAAAUCCACAAGGGGAAAUAAUGGUAUCGAAUGGCUAUUUCGUCCACUACUUUGCACCCACUGACAUUCCACGUAUUCCCAAAAAUGUGGUGUUUAUCAUUGACCAGAGUGGCUCUAUGCAUGGCAGAAAAAUAAUACAGACUCGUUUGGCUCUGUUGAAGAUUUUGAGUGAUCUUGAUGAGGAUGAUCACUUUGGACUGAUCACCUUUGACAGUCAAGUUGAAAUUUGGAAACAUGAACUCCUCAAAGCUACCAAGGCAAACCUGGAGGAUGCCAAAUCUUUCGUACAGAAUAUCAGAGAUAGGGGAUCCACAGACAUAAACGCUGCAGUGCUUAAAGGAGUGAACAUGAUAAAGCAACACCCACGAGAAGGAACUGCUUCCAUCCUGAUACUGCUUACAGAUGGAGACCCCACUACAGGUGAAACCAAUACAGAGAGGAUAAUGUCUAAUGUGAGGAAAGCCAUUGUGUCAAAGUUUCCUCUCUAUUGCCUUGGUUUUGGGUACGAUGUCAACUUUGAAUUCCUGACACAAAUGUCAUUGGAAAAUAAUGGGAUUGCUCGCAGAAUUUAUGAGGAUUCUGAUGCUGAUCUACAGCUGCAGGGCUUCUAUGAUGAAGUUGCCAUUCCUCUCCUCAGUGAUAUUCAACUUAAUUACACUGGCGUGACAAAUCUUACUGAGACCAAUUUUAACAUGUACUUCAACGGAUCUGAAAUUGUAGUCUCAGGUCAAAUCAUGGACAACAGUGUGGAGAGUUUCACUGCUCAGGUCAUCGCAAUAUCGAAAUACAAUAAGGUGACAUAUCAAGACACUGUAAAUACAAAAGACCUCAGUGAUGUUCCACCUGAGAAUAAAGAUUUCAUGCAGAGAUUGUGGGCCUACCUUACAGUGAAGCAACUUCUGGAGAGACAGGUGCUUCUUAAAGGACAAGAGAAAGAGGAUGAAAAGAAAGAAGCUCUCAAAUUAUCCCUGAAAUAUCAGUUUGUGACCAGUCUCACCUCUUUAGUAGUUACUAAGCCACAGGAAGACGAAGUGGAAGUUGCUGACAAACCCAAAGAGGGAGGGGAGCCACCCAGACAACCAGUAGCUAUGCCACACAAUGCAAGGCUCAGUGUUGCUUGGCCUCAUGGUUCAAUUGUUCCUCAGAUGGGCUAUUCAGCAACAACAAAUCGUUUUCUACUGGCUGGUUAUGCACAUCAAGGGACUAUUAGUGACAGUGUUAUUGCCUCAUCACCGAUCUCUCGUUACGGUAUGCGUGGAAAAGCUGCAACAUUGAAGAGUCUUGAAUCAGGUUCCAAGGAUUCAGUUUCAAGAGAUACUAGUAAUCGGUUCUUGUUGCCUGCUGUUGGUCAGCCUAAGCCACUUUGUUAUGAUGUUCCUCUUCCUCACAAAAUCAAACUGCUAGAGGAUUCUAAUUUAGAGUUCUCUAUGAAUGGAGAGUCCAAGACGUCUACACGUGGAUUUGGUCAAAUUGCCUUUCAUUACAAAAAGGGCCAACACCUGAUAAUAAACACAACAUCCAUUAGAUACAAUGAUGACCAGAACAAUGUGGAGUUUUUGUGGGGCCAGGAACCAACCCAACACAAUAUAGCGGGUGUGCAUCUGAUCCUGGGAAACAAUGAAAUAGAUGUUACUAUGGGAAAUAUUCGUGUUGUUAUUCUUCUUCAUAAGAAAGAUGGGAAUGUGUUUCUCUGGCCAGACAUUCGGCAACAACCAAAAGAUGUUGGUUUGUCUGGCAUUUUAGGAAAAGGCAAUAUUUCAUAUGAGGAGAUUCAAGGACCACCCUUACCAAUUUUCAAGAUAAUGGACCAAGAAGUGAGACCUGUACAGGAAGGUGUAACAGACUACAGGCUUCCUUCAACUCCUGUUGUUAGAUGCUGGCUUGUACCAUUCCACAUUGUGAUGGAGGGGAGCAUUUCUAAUUUCACUGUUGCUCAGCUUUAAUCAAAACUACCCACACUAUUUGUAACAUUACAUGUGAACAAAUGAUAAACUAUCAUAAAAUUAUUCUAUGCAAUACCUAUUCAUUUAAAAAAAAUUUACACCCACCUUAACCUUUGCAUGUAUUUGCCAACAUAAGAAAUGCAUAUGGUUAGAAUCUGGAACUAUUUUGUUAGUCUUGUUAGACUAACUUUAGCCUUUGCUUUAGGAAGUAUUUCUCAAUCAUGUAAUCAACAGCAUAAGAAAGGCAUACGGUUAGAAUCUGGAACUAUUCUGUUAGUCUUGUUGUUUGGCCUUUGCUUUGGAAAGUAUUUCUUAACAUUUUCCAUUUUCAAAACGAAUAUGAUUGUAACCAUAAAUAUCACUAAAUGAAUGUUUCUGAAAGUUAUACCUCUUGUGAUGGAACAAACCUUUGACAAUAUAUAUAUAUAUACUGUAUUCACACAAACUAUAUAUAUAUAUAUAUAUAUAUUAGGGCUGUCGAUUUAACGCGUUAAUUCAGUGCAAUUAAUUUGACAAAAAAUAACCCAAUUAAUCACACUAUAAUAAGGAAGAUUCCUGAGAAAUGCAAGCUUGUAGUACCACCUGUUUACUCCAGAGGGCAGUAAGUGAAAUUUCAGCUGUAUGAGCAACGUGCAGUUUAUACAGUGAAGAAAACACUUCAGUAGGAAGAACAACACAAACAUACGUUACAUUCUUGCGUUCAAAACACUUGAAGGAGCACAAAUGCGAACUAAGGGAUCUUAAGAUGUGUUUAAAGAUUGAGUAUUAAACUAUAUUUAACUUGAAACAGUGAACUAAACAUUUUAUGUUUAUGACACAAUGCACCCAAGACGCUACACAAGCAUGUCUGACGCAGGUGUAAAUUGACAGGCUCUUAAACAAGCCCUCAUAAUAAAUCUCAAACUGAUUGACAAAUUCACUUGUGAAAUGGAUUGCUGUGAACUGUAUACCAAUGAUUGACUUAUGAUCAAUAAUAUGGUAGUGAACAAUAUUGUAUUCUAAAGUCACUUUUUGUAAUGUCUUAUCAAUGAUGAACUCUUCUGCUA